AUGUAUUUACUUUUAGGACCACCAGGAGUAGGAAAAACUUAUAUUAGUGAAAUGUUAGCCGAAGCCAUGAACCGACCGAUUGAAGAAAUAAGCAUGAAUGGGAAAAAAGACCCUAACAUUUUCUUUGGAGUUCCCCAAGAAUGGGCUGGGGCAGGAGUAGGAGAAAUCUUAAAAGCCAUGGUGAAACAUAAAGACCGAGCUCCCGUAAUCUUAUUGGAUGAGUUUGAAAAAUGUGAUAAACAAGUUCAACAAGUAUUAGGUAAUUUAACCGAUGAAACCAUCAAUAAAAAAUUUAAAGAUGUCUUUUUUGAUUUUCCCGUGCCGAUAAAUGAAGUAAUAUUUUUCUGCACGGCUAAUUUCCCCGAAGAUAUUGAGGGGUUUUUACUGAGUAGAUUGACCCGAGUAAAAAUUGAACCCUUAACCUUUAAUGAGAGAAUAGAAGUAGCCCAAGGGUUAAUUGAUUACAAUUUUGCUAAAUAUGAGAUAAGCCAUUUAAAAGAUAACUUUGAUUUAGAUUUAAUUAAAAAAUGCUUAUGUAAAGAAUGA